UUAGUUUGCAGAAUUACUCUCCUAUGAUGGCACAGAAAUCACAAGGAUCUGACAACCUUCAAGAAGGCAAGGAAAAGAACAAGAGAGACAUCCUGAAGUGCACCAAGAGCAUGUGGGCUCCACUGGAUGAGCGGCUACCCCCUGGCCCUGAGGAGGAAAGCCAGGGUCCCACCAUCCCCAUGCUGGAAGAUUCCAAGCAAGAAAGUAUUCAGCAGUGGCUGGACUCUGGAUUCUUUGUCUCUGCAAAUGAAAACUUUCAACGAGUCAUUGACCGCACUGUUUCUUUGUGUGAACAAGGGAUGGUUCAAAUGACUGUGAAAGACUACAUGAGAUCUUUGCAUCAGUUUUCAGAAACUCCCACCCUAUCCAGAGGGACCAGUUUCAACUCUUGCUAUUCUACUGCAAGUGUACCACAAAGCAUUCCUGAAUGGCUGGAAUUUUGGGAGAAAGAUCCAGUGGAGAUUCUCUUGGAUCUGGGGUUUGGUGCCGAUGAGCCAGACAUCUGCACGCAAAUCCCAGCCAGAUUCCUUGGUUGUGGCUCAGCAGCCAGAGGGAUCAACAUCCGUGUUUUUCUUGAAGCUCAAAAGCAGCGAAUGGACAUUGAGAACCCCAACUUGUACGGCCGUUUCCGACAGCUGGAAAUCCUGGACCGUGUGACCCAUGCCUUCUCAUCUUUGCUGAAUGAUGUCAGCAUCCUGCCAAACAGAGCUGAAGAGAAAGCUGGAGGAGAGAGUGUGCAAAGAACCUCAGUGAGUGCCACCAAAGAGCAUCGAAGAAGGAUGGGUAAACUUAUAAGGAGAGCUUCAAAACAGAACAUCAGGAGGGAUUGUUACCCGGAGGCAUCAGAGUCCUUCAAGAUGAAAGAUGAAGUUUUUAUCCCCUUUACAAAACCAUGGGAGUGUGGAGCAGAGCUAGCAGCAACCUCAAUCAAGCACAAGCAAAAUCAUUUGUCUCUGUCAGUAGAACAUCAGUCUCUCCAAGCCUGUGAUGAUUUGGUACCCUAUCCUCCCCACGAUCUUCUGGGCAAGCAAUGGCCUUGCUCAUCUAUGCCAGCCAAGCAGAUUGCUCCUUCCUGUGUGUCUGAGGGGUCAGUCAAGGGCAAAACUCAGAAGGAGAACUUAUUUCAGACUAACAAGCUCAAGUGCUUCUCUCGUCUUGUGGGUAAAGGACCAGACUCGUUUGAAAUGGAAGAGGUCCAGAGCUUUGAAGAAGAGACUGGUAAUCCUCUUGACAUGACUUCAGGAACUGUAGGUGCCAGGGUGGACAGAGCAAAUAGCUGCCAGUCUGACAGCAGUGGGUUCCUGGAGGACCCGCUGGAACCGCUGCCCCUCCAGAUGCCUUCCUUGCCAAGCAGCCAGAGUCCUGCUGAGAAUGGUGGUAGAAAACCAAGAGAUCAGAGUCACAGCGUAGGAUCAUCCCAGGACUAUCAACUACAGUCAGAUGGGCCAGAUUCCAAGAGUAGGGCGAGCGCAUCUUUUUCAAGCCAAGACACGAGUGCCUUGGAAGAAAAGGCCUCAGCAUCUGUGGUGGAGGAAGAGUUUCUGCUUGAGGCCAUGGAGGAGCCACCAGAGCUGUAUAUCCCAGACAUGGCCUGUGCCAAGACCACCAUGAGGGGAGAACACCCAAGGAAAGACAGCCAUCUGCGGCAGCUUCUGCCAAUGUCCCACAAUGAAUAUGAGGUUACCGGAUCCACAGCCACUUCCAAAUAUGAUCAUCCUCUGGGGUUUAUGAUAACCCGCAUCACAGAAAUGCAGGAUAGUUUUCUGAGGCUUGAGGGGGCUGGCAAAGUGCAAAGCCACCACUUUGAGUCUCAAAGAUCACCUGGAAAUGAUCAUACUCAAGACAAGUUCCUUCAUGUUGACUCUGAGGCCCCAAGAGAAGAGGAAAGCAGUGGACUCUGUCCUGACACCAACCACAGCUUACUGGCACCAGAAAGCUCAUCACAGUGUGUCCCCAAGCACAGUGAAAUCAUACCUUAUGCCACUGACCUUGCUCAAACAUCUGAAAAGCCCAUUCUCCACCUCCAUAAACUGCCUGGAGAUCCUGCCCAGGUGAAGUCAAGGUCUUAUACUUUGGGUCAGAUACUACCUAGGCCAGAAGCUGAGAUGGAAAACCUUCCUUUAAAUACUGGCAACUCCAGGUCUGUAGUGACCCAGAUGUCCUCCAACCUGGUGUCGGCUGCUCAGGGUGCUGUGUCCUUGGGGACUGGUCCCAGAGGAACAUCUUUAGAAUGCACUAUGUGUGAUCCUGUUACCACAACAGAACCAAGACUGGGGACAGAAGCAAGACAGUACAAUGAUGCUUCCAUUCAGACUUUUGUAUGUGAGCCCAGGCCCUGGCAUUUCUGUUCAGUUCCAAGCAACAAGGCCUUGACACAUGGGCCCCAGCCCCUCACCAAAUCCGUCUCUCUAGACUCAGGCUUCCCUAGUAUCUGCCCAUUGGGCACCUGCCAUGCUAUACCCGCCCACUGCUGCAUCUGCUGUCAUCACCACUCCCACUGCCACUGGGAGAGGCAAAGCCCUGGCCUUGAACCCUCAGUCUGUAGGCACUCCCUCUGCUCACUCACUGGUCACCGGGAAGCCCAGUUCAUGACGACUUUGAAAGCCCUUCAGGACACUACAGUGAGGGAGCUAUGUUCCUGCACAGUCCAUGAGAUGGAAGCCGUGAAGACGAUAUGCCAGAGUUUCCGGGAGUAUUUAGAGGAAAUUGAACAGCACCUUAUGGGACAGCAGGCCCUCUUUUCCAGGCACAUGUCAGAGGAGGAAAGGGAGGAGGCCGAGCAACUGCAAACGUUACGUGAGGCCCUGAGGCAGCAGGUGGCAGAGUUGGAAUUUCAGUUAGGAGACCGGGCUCAGCAAAUCAGAGAAGGGAUUUUACUGCAGCUGGAGGUUCUCACAGCAGAGCCACCUGAACACUACUCAAAUCUGCAUCAAUAUAACUGGAUAGAAGAAAGCAAUGGCCAGACUUCAUCUUCUAAAAUCCACCCAGGCAUGGCCCCAAGGACUGUCUUUCCUCCCAGUGAUGGCCAGCAGGCUCCCUGUUCAGGUGGGACCCAGUUGGCUGCCUUCACUCCACCCACCUUGGAGAACAGCACCAGGAUGUCUCCUUCAUCAUCAGCUCGUGCAAAGUUAGGUCCAACCCCUUUGUCAAAUUGUCCUGUUGGAGAAAACGAUACAGAUGUCUUCCUCUAGAUCAGAGCAGCUUUGAUUACCUUCAUACAAAAUGUAAAGGUCCAGAAUAGAUGUAGCAAGGAAAUUUCAAUUUUCCCCAAGGAGAAGGGUCUGCCAACCGAUUGUCAGCUAUAGCUUUCAUAUUCUACCCUAUGGUUAAACCCAAGAGGAGUUUAGAAUACUUUAAUAUUCAUUCAAUAUAGAAUAACUGAUCACCUAGUCUGUCCCUGGCACAGAGUAUGCAGCAGUGACUAAAUAGUAUACAGUCUCUGCCCUGCUGGAACUUACAGUGUGGUGGGGGAGAUAGAAUUGCAAACAAAAAGUAUCUGAGACAGAUCUCAGUCCAUAUAGAAGUUUAUUUUGCCAAGGUUAAGAAUGUACACCCAGAAGACAGGUCUGUGCCUUUCUCCAAAGAUGAUUUUGAGGACUUCAGCAUUUAGCGGGGAAAGAGCUGCUAAUGGGGAAAGAGGAAGACAUUUUUAAAAGGUGUGGGUACAUAAGAGGCAAACAGUCGCCUUCUUUUGGGUCCGAUCAGCUUUUCUCUAUGCAAGAGGGGGAAGAGGAACAGUCACUUACGCAUUCAUCUAGCUCAGUGGAUCUGCGAUUUUACAGAAGGUAAAAUAAACAUAGGGCAGAGGAAGCAAUCGGAUAUGCAUUUGUUUCGGGGGAGCAGAGGGAUGGCUUUGAGUCCUGUUCUUUGUCCUGCAGCUGUGAAGAGAAGCUAUCAAUGUACUUUGUCAGGAUAAAAUUCAACAGAACCGUUUUAGACUAAAGAUUUUAGGGCCCACAAGGAGUUUCCCUUGUGAGGGAGGUAUGUAGCUUUUAAAAAAAUCUUUGUAGCUAUCUCAUUUAGAAAUAAAAUGGGAGGCAGGUUGCCUGAUGCAGCUCCCAGCUUGACUUUUCCCUUUUACUUCAUAAUUUGGGGUCCUGAGGUUUAUUUUCCUUUCACAGAAUAUAACAUGUACAUACAUUUAUUAUUAAAAACUCUGAAGGAAAUAACAAGGUUUUAUGAAAGAGAACACAGAAGGGAGCCUGAUUUAGAUUAAUGUUCAGACAGUCCUGGUUGAGGAAGUAACAACAGAAGAAGGAAGGAGGAUCCAGGCCUCAGAGGUACCAGACUGUCCAAAACCCUCCAGUCAGGCAGCCGGUGGGAGUACCAAUGAAGCGCCUACUGUGUGCAGACCACUUUUUUAGUGCUGGAGACAGUCAUAAAUAAGACAGAUGGACUUUCUACUCAGAAAGAGUUGGAUGAAGAGUAAGACCGAAAACAAACAAACAAACAAACAAAAUCCAACAAGCAAAUAAUUACAAUCCUGAAAAGAGCCUUAGAAGACAGUGUGAUAAUAUUGCAAAGGGAGAUGUGGCGUGAAACUGUACUGCAUUUGUCAGGGUGCUUGUGGAAGGGGAGGCUUUUUGGGUAAGACCUGAAUGGUGAGGAAAUGGAAGCCAAGUGCAAUUUUGCAAAAGAACAUUCAAAGCAGAAGCAAUGGAAAGUUAACGGACCACCAGAUGUAGAGACAGCCAGUGCUGCUGAGUGUGGUGGGGCAUGGGGAUGGAGGGAGGGAAAGGCUGAGAGGGAGUCGGGCAGACUCUAGGCCAUGGCCAAGUCUUUGCACCUGAAUCCUUUUUCCAAGGGUAAUGGAAAGCCACUGUAGGUUUUCAGCAGGGUCAUCAUAUAAUCUGAUUUAUGUUUUAAAGUCAUGCUGGCUGCUUUAUGGAGAAAGCAUCCCUGGGGGCCUAAAGCGAGGCAGAGUGCCCAGCUAGGAGGCUGUUGCUGUCAUCCCCGAGGUGAGAACCAAAUGUCCUCAAGUUGCUUCUAUCCAGCCUUGGAAGUUUGUGAGGCUCCCACCCCAGUGGAAAUGCAGGGAAUGGCACACAAAGGCCAGAGGCACUGGGUCUCUAAGGAAUGGGGAAUAGAUGCAGAAUGGAAUAGUCAGGAAAAGUUGCUGGGAAAAGUAAUGCCAUGAGGGAAGUUUAUAAUUUGUAUGAAAAGAUGGUCAAAGGAGAGGUCACUUCCUAGCAAGUAACUUCAGAAACUAAUUAAACCACCCACUACUCAAAACCAUCUCAUGUCCUGGUUGCACUCUUCCUCUUCCUUGCUUUUUGGAAAGUCUUUGACUCAGUGGGGCCUUCCUACCCUUGGGACACCACACUGUUUUAUCCAUGGACUUACAUCCUCAGAGUGUGGACAUCCCCAUUCUGUCCUGAAUUCUCUUUUCUUUCUCCAUUCCUCUGUCCUCAGCGUACACACAGACUCUCCAAGCAUCUAUGAGCCUGAUUCCCAGCUCUCUCCAGUAUGCCAGCCCAGCAUUCCCUACUGUCCACAUGACAUUUUGACGUGGAAGACUUGGCUGUAUGUCUCACUCGUAGCUAAAGCUGACCUGGUCAUUGCCCUGACUCAGUUCAUCUUCCUGAUCCUCUCCGUAAGUGGCAUAGCCUUUCUCCUUGGUGCAGGCUCAGUGCCACAGUGUGCAUGGUCUCCUGCCCCUCUACCCUGCCCUGCUCAGUUGGUCAAUGACCACACCAGUGCUGAGUGUACUACCAAAAAAUACCUCCCAGAAGUCCCCUCAGAACCAAUUACCUGGCGACAGUGCAACAUAGGUGCCGCCUAACAGCCUCCAGCCGCUUUCUCUCCAAACCGCACUGGCCUCUGCCAGAUUGGGCUCCCUUAGCCACCAAGUGGGUCAUAUUUCCCGGACCUACAGUGAAUACCCAGAAAGUACUUUUAGAAUAUCCCAGAGAAUGAGAGAGAAAUCACAGGAUCAUACUUCCCAGAGCAGCCUUCCACCAGAAAUGAAAGUCCAGGCCUUGGAGUUAUUAUGCCCCUCUCCUCGCCCUUCACUGCCUCAUUCCUUUUUGCCACAUCCCCAUCUUGGCUCCUAUGUCAUAGCUCAGCUUCCAGCCAAAUUGACUCCUGAUGCAUUGCGUUUCUGCCUCCAAAUCGUUUCCCUUGCUAAACUCCUAAGCUUUUACUCUUUACCCAGAUCUGGCUUUUGACCUCCCCUUCUCCAUGUAAACUCCAAGCUCUCAUGCAGUUUAUCCCUUGCUCCUUCCCUGUGACACCUACGGAAUGAAAAGGAACACCUGGCUCUAGGAUGUCCCUCACCUGGCAGCCAUCUGCUUUACCAGUCUCAUUUCCUGCUCUGCCCUCAGAUGAAUCUCCAAUUCUAUUCCCCUAAACCACCUCGUGUGUUCCUGCUCCCUCUCCUUUGCUGAAACAAAUGAAGUAUCUCACCAGUAAGUCCUAGCGCAGACCCCAUCUCCUGCACAGGCUUUCCUUGAUGAUCUGUGGCAGAAGCGAUCCUUAUUUUUUGAAACUCCUAUAUCACUUUGCUUUUUUGUUAGGACACUGAAAACCUCCUGUCUUGUGUUACCAUUAUCCGUGUAGGUCAUAUCUUCUCCAGUAAACUUAAAGCUACUUGAGGACUGUGUAGCACCCAAUACCCUGUGUUUAAGAGAGACUAUCUGGAUGAAAGUACACACUCCUUUCUUUAUCAUGUGUGAUCUCGGGCACUUGCUCUCUUUACCCUAGUUUCUUCCUCUGUGAAAUAGGGAGAAGAAAAACAACAUAGAGUUGUUGGACAGAAUAAAUACAGUGAAUCCCGUGUAGUAUUUAAUCCAAUGCCCAUCGCAUAGUAAGUGCUCAAUGCAUGUUGGCUGUUAUUACAAGUGCACGUACCAAUAACUCAAUAAAUGCUAACUGUAAUUACUGUCUUCCUUCUGUUGAAAAGAACUCUGUUAGCGAAGUACUUUGUGCACAAAGAAUAUUACCUACUGCUUGAUGAAUGAAUGAGAUGAGGAUAAAUUAUCAGUCUCAGGAGACAAUGAAGAGAAUGAAUUGGCUAUGGUAGAAGCACGGUUGUAUGUUGUAGAAGGAACUGAGUUUAGAUUGUAAAAAGGGACUUAUUUAUGGAUGGUUUUGAUGUCAGAAAGAUGACUUCAUAUGUGAUGGAGGAGGGAAAAGACCAUUUAUUAUCUUCUGAUGAAGAGUAGCAAAUGGAACAAAGGUCUCCAAACAUUUCAUGGUAUUUCCUGUUUUACUCUCCUAAUUCUCCAAAAAAGAGCACAGAAGGGAAAUCAAAAUGUAGAGAGGCUGCUCUAUCCCACCCAGGACCUUUGCUAUCUUCAGUGCAUGAUGAACAAUGUUUGCUGAUGCUGCAUCCAAAUACCACCCCCGAUUCUCAGGCCUUCAUGCUCAGACUGAAUUACACC